AUGGCCACGGCCUCAGAUCCUCUGGACUGGAGCGUCGAAGAUGUUGUCGACGCUCUCUGUAAGUCCAGAGACUGGUGGAUUCAAGGGAGACCAAAUGCACCCAUGCCGGACCCUGCCUCACUCGAGGAGCAUCUACGAGAAGAAGAAGUAAAUGGCUUCGCCUUACUCACCUACUUCACCUCUGAGCAGAAAUUGAAAGAUGGACUUGGCAUCAAGACUAUCGGUAGGGUUUCAGCUGUUUCUUGGGCCAUCGACAAGCUUCGCGAACAGUCUCCAAAAUAUGCGGACCAUCUAGCAACCCAGACGGCUAUUUCUGCUCCAUCAAUGGUGCAGAGUGUGGCUGGAUCAUCGACAUAUGGUCGUCCUGUUGGUGGCUGGCUUGGCAGCUUGCCUCCGCCCUCUGAGCAAUUUCGAACAGGUUUGGCAACCCCGACACAUGAGGGCAUGUUGCCCACUGUACUUGAAACUGAAGAGGAGAUGAAUCCGCAACCAGCUGGACCCGUGGACCAGGCAACAAUGACCACCAAACGCCCUGGAGAAACAAUCAUCCAGGAUGCCAGUGGGAGGAAGAAACGCAGACUUGCCUUAGCUGCAACGCCUACCACAUCCGCAAAUACUGUGCAAACCCAGCUUCCCUUUUCUCCAUCUUCUAGGAAGAGUUUUCCUGUGGACAUGGUAUUCUACGGCGAUGCCUCCUUUGGUCAGACGCUUGAAGAGGAUGACGAUAUGGAUUUCCAACACCAUGGCAAAGCUCACCAUAUCCUUAGCCCAUACAUAUACCGCCAGUUUCUUCAUUUUAUCCGCAAUCCUGACCGUAGAGAAUUUCUGCAGGAAAACGGCAAGAAGAUCACUACCAUUCAGCCUUAUCGGUCGGCCCUCCUUCCGGAAAACCGACCUCGAGCUGUUACAGUAUUUGAGCACACUGACAAAGGCAUCAGAGCUACGAAGCAAGAUGCUUUGCGAGUGCAGAGCAACAUCUUGUUCGAUAGUAAUCUCCCGUAUGACGAUGACAGUGAUCAGCAGAACAGCGGAUGGUACGGCUUUGCCGAAAAAUGGAAGCAUGGUGAUGACGAAAUUCUCCCACCGUUAGGAGAGUCCGAUGAAGAAGAAAGCUCCUCGUAUGAAGCGGAACUGGAUGCAGAAGAGAGAGAGCGGACCCUGCAACAAUGGAAGCAACCGCAACUGAGUAAGGAGGAGGUCUCAACAAUUGUUCAGCAAAGGAUCCACGAGCUGGGUGAGAUCUGGAAGCAAAGGAAGCUCCCUCUACGUCAGCGCACGGCAAGGACGAUCUGGCGAAAAGCGCGGCGUCCUAAUGCGAAACGUGUCCUUCGUACGGCCGCAGAAAAUGAAGUCAAGACGAUUGAUCGUCGCCUGAACAAAUUGAAAGAAGCAAUUGUGGACUUGGUGUGGCACAGGAGGGAAGACGUUAUUCAACAAUGCGCCACUUUGGAAGAGAGCGUAUCACAGAGAGAGGAACAAUUGUGGCUGCUGUCUGUAUGGGACCUCAAGGCUGAGCCACCGGCUAUCAAGACAGUCCCGAGACGCACCACAAAGAGGCCUCCCAAGCCCCGAGACCGCGACUUUGGAGAGGAAAGUGGCGAAUCGCUGGAUAGCGAGUCUGAGCUGGACUCUGGCGGCUUGGAAGAUUUCAUUGAGCAGGACGAGGAUGUCAUGCAAAUCUCGCCUAAGCAAUCGGCGACGGCAAAAAGAAGACGACAGGACGAGAUGUCUCCUGAACUGGACACAGCUAGCAUGGCAGACGUUUCAGAUGAAGUUGGCAGUGUCGGACCAAUAACCGCCGAAGACAGUGAUGUCGAUCUCGUUGACGCCCCAUAUGCCAGCUCAUUGCCUACCACACCAAAACGUUUGCAGCUACCUCCACCGGAGUCUGCUCCCCGAUCUACACAUUCAGUCAUCGACCUGACCGCUCUCUCGGAUGGCGUAACCACGAGUGACUCGUCGCCGAUUCCUGGUCCUUCUUUCUCAAGACCCUCGGUCAUUCCUGGUUCUCUAAUCUCUGCGAGCCAAAUUCAACCAGAAUAUUCGACAAUUGCUGAGAUCGAGAAAUGGAAGUUCUACGAUCUUGAAGAACGCAACGACAAGAAGAGGCUGGUACUAAAGAUCCUUCGCACGAGUGUUGGAGAAGAGGAAUACAAACAAAUGCGCGAAUACGCCACGACCGUGACGCGCAAAACUUUGCAUGAUCAAGUCUGGCAGACCAUGACAUGCCUCUGCCGCAAUAACAGGGUGCGCAAUAUCACUGACCAGGAAUGGGUUGGCCUCGUAAAGUUUGCCAGGCUCUACACUUGUUGGAACAAAGUCCUCCACACACCCUGGUCGAGUCCACCUGACAAACUUGCUGGGUACAUUCGAAAGAUCGUUGAGAAACUGGACACGCCUCAGAACAAGCAUGAUUUCUCGUCUUUCUUCGACUUCGUCAUUGGCAUUUUGAAACGAUAUCCGUCUCCCUCUUCCGACGUUGUUUCAGCUCACGCUACCUCAGGCGAGGAAGACGAACCAGCACCAGUCAAUACUCCUCACAAGAGGCGGAAGAACAUUGUCAAACAAAGCGAUUCGGCGAUCAAGCUGCGAAAAAGCGCGCAAAAGCGUGCUGAAGUCCAGGUUGAGAUAGAAAGGGCAUUCCAGGAACGUGCCGGCUCGUCCCAGUCACAGACCGAUCGCCUCAUCAUCAAUCCUGGUCAAUUUGGCACGGACGGAGCCAUUCAUAUCAACCCAUCCAUCGGUUCGAGGAUCAAGGCCCACCAGAUCGAAGGCGUCAAGUUCAUGUGGCGCGAGCUGGUUGAGGCCGGGCAUACUGACGCUCAAGGCUGCCUCCUUGCUCAUACCAUGGGUCUCGGCAAAACCAUGCAAGUAAUUACUCUUCUUGUCACGAUCAUCGAAGCCGCGACUUCUCCUCACGAGCGAAUUCAGGAGCAGAUUCCUCUGGGGCUGCGUCGUAUGCAAGCUCUUAUCCUUUGUCCCGCCUCUCUGAUAAACAACUGGCUAGACGAACUCUACGAUUGGAUCCCAAAGUCCGCAGCCAAAAAGUUUAGAACCAUCAGCUACGUAAACGCCGACGACCCGCCUGUUGCACGCCUGAAGAAGAUCUUCAACUGGGACGAGCAUGGCGGCAUUUUGGUAAUGUCUUACGAGAUGUUCCGCAAUUUUCUCAGUGAAAAGAACUCCGUCAGGACGUCUAAAGAAGAACUUCGUGACCUUCAGGGGGCACUGCUUGAGGGACCAUCCAUCAUCGUUGCUGAUGAAGCCCACAAGAUGAAGUCUGUCAAAAGCACCAUUCGGGAGGUUGUCGACAAAUUCAAAUCUAAAGCGAGAUUGGCCUUGACCGGAUCGCCCUUGGCCAACAACCUUACGGAGUACUGGUCCAUGAUCGACUGGGUCUCGCCGGGAUACCUGGGCAGCCAAAAGGAAUUCAAAGCUCACUUCGUAGAACCCAUUGAGGAAGGCCUUUACAAAGACAGUACUCCAUACGAACACCGAAAAGCGUUGAAAAAACUUCGUGUCCUUAAAAGCGAGAUAGGGCCGAAGAUCAGUAGGGCGAACAUUACGGUGCUCAAGGAUGACCUUAAAUCCAAGGUUGAGUUUGUCAUCACUGUGCCCCUCACUGCUCUACAGGAGGAGCUCUACAAUCUCUGUAUCCGGCAACUUCUAGUGGGAGACAGGAAAAAGAUCACCACAACCAGGAUGUGGGUGUGGAUUCAUCUCCUCAAUUUGCUCUGCUGCCACCCAGCUGUGUUCGUGAACAAGCUGAAGGACCAGCAGGCACGACGAGACAACGCAGGAGACAAACCACGUGCCAAUGCGCAACGUGCAGUCGUUGAGGAGAGCGAUGCAAACGAGCAGCAAGAUGUAUUGCCAGAGGACCAGAAUCUGGAUGAUGAGAUGAGAGGAUCUUUUACCAACUCAUUCAUCGAGCAGGCCGUUUCGAUUCUCGAUCAAGCGCAUGACAAUACCUCUCCGCGUCAUUCAUUCAAGACAAGAAUCCUGAUGCAGAUCAUCAGGCUUUCGAAGGCAGCUGGUGAUCGAGUACUUGUUUUCUCACAGCAACUAAAUUCUCUGACUUAUCUGGAAAGCGUGCUAGCCAGCCAGAACUACAGAUAUAUUCGCUUGGAUGGUAAAACCAAAAUGUCCAACCGACCCGCUCUCAUGGAAGACUUCAACCGAGGCAAAUUUGACGUUUUCCUCAUCUCUACCAAGGCCGGAGGUACAGGCUUCAACCUUCAAGGUGCCAACAGGGUUAUCAUUCUGGAUUGUGGCUUCAAUCCCCAGAAUGAAGAACAGGCGAUAGGCAGAGCCUAUCGGAUUGGUCAGGAGAAAGAAGUCUUCGUGUAUCGCAUGAUUGUCGGCGGUACCUUUGAACCAAAGGUUUGGAAUUCGGCCCUCUUCAAGACUCAGCUUGCAUUAAGAACUGUCGAUGCCAAGAAUCCAGAGAGGCAAGCCGCGAAGAUGAGAGAGUACUUCUUUGAGCCUACACCUGUGGAGCAAGGGGAUCUUACCGGAGAUCAGGGAAAGGACAAGAAGGUCCUUGAUAAAAUCCUCGCCCAACAGAGAGAAGGCAAAGACGCUGGGCUCCGUUCUAUCACGACCACAGAGACCCUGAUGACCGAAGACCUGGAUGCCGUCCUGAACGAAGAAGAGAACGAAGAAGUCAAGAAGAUGAUCCAAGCAGAGAGGCUGCGGAAGGAAAACCCACAAGCUUGGGAGCAGUACUUGAGAGAUAAUCCAGCAAUUGACGACAGCAGAAACAACCCCCCCAAUCCCGAAUUUCCCAGCGGCUCGUCCUCCCCCGAUGGAACGGCCGUUCCUCGAGUUUGGCGCACCCAGUUUUACUGGCGGCAAUCAGAUGUUAUCGACCGCACCAACCUCUACGCGUGA